GUUAUGAGGUCAUUAUUUACUGGCGCAGGCGCUAUUGGAAAAACCCGUUUCUUCGUCAAUAUGUAGCAACUGCGCCGCUUGAAAGUGAGCACAGAAAUCGCAACUUUUACAGUUACUAAUGGUUAAUGUGUCCGUCCGACAUCGAAGGGGAGUGUACACAUAUUCUCCUGUAUAGGUGCGAAGGUGGAUUAACGUUGUGACGACCAUUUCAACGUCGAUGACCAUCUUUUUUGUGUUGUGGAUACGAUAUUGAGCAAAACAGGACUGAAACACAUUCGGCGCUUCUGGCCCUCUAUCCUGCGCCUUCAGUAGGAAGAUCGGUGCCUUUUGUGUGCCGUGCAUGUUUCUUCCCCACCAGUGAUUCCUUAUGCUUGAUAGAAGCUGCACCCUGUGUCUUACAGGAUGGAUGGUGUGGACUUAAAGAGACUUGUGUAUCAACGUCAGCACUCUGUCUUCUUCUGUUCAGUGGUGUUUUCUCUUUUACCAUUUACAAGAGAACACCUCCCAUCCUGCGCCUCCAAUCUUAGCACUAUCUAUGUAAAGACUGUCCGGAGAUAAAAGUUCAAAGAAUUUGUAUCUCUUUCCCUUUUAAAGCAUAUAUCAAUAUUGCUAAUAUAGGCCUACAUGGCAGACAUGGAAGUCUCAUUAUUUUAAUUUUUCCAGUUAGUGUACCCCCUUACGCUUAGUGUGGGUGGUGGGAUGUCGGAAAAGCCAGACGACAAAAUGGUGAAGUUCCUGGCUCCCCCUCAGAAGAGUGGAAAUGGCCCCAGUUCAGGUUCAGAUUCAAUGGUGAGUGAGUGCCGGCCAACAGAAGUGAGACGCCGGCAUCACACCAUGGAGCGCGAUCGAUGUAACGCUGAACACCGCUUCUUGCGCCGGAGUGUCAUCAGUGAUUCUAAUGCUACAGCAUUAGCCCUCCCUUUACCCAGCAAGAUACCCACCCCUGCACCUCAACGGGUUCCACAACGGGAAGCCGCCCCCCAGCAGCAGCUGGCUACUCCUGCUGCUUGUUUGACCCGGACUCAACCUAGUUUAGCUCAAAAUCAAGAGUCUGCUAAUAAACAAGGAGGAGGGGAUGAAGGAAAAGAAGCAGCCACGGUGGAUGUAGUGCCUUCAGAGCGGGAGCCUGCCAUUAAAAAAGAAACCUGUGAUGGAGAGGUGAUAGGGGCCUUCCCUGCACCAGGCGUGGGAACAGAACUGCCAAGUCGAACAGAACCGGAGAGCAGCACUGAAGUGAAAGUACAUCAUGUAGACGAGGGGGAGGAAGACGAUAAGGACUCUGCCAAGGCACGGGCAGAGGCAGAGCAACGAGAAGCCGAGAAAAAAGUUCAGGACGACAUUGAAGAGGCUGAGACCAAAGCAGUGGGAACGUCACCAGAUGGGCGUUUCCUAAAGUUUGAUAUCGAAAUUGGACGUGGCUCUUUCAAGACUGUCUACAAAGGCUUGGAUACCGAGACCACAGUUGAGGUGGCUUGGUGUGAGCUGCAGGACCGUAAGCUGUCAAAAACGGAGCGGCAGCGCUUUAAGGAGGAAGCAGGGAUGUUAAAAGGACUACAGCAUCCCAACAUUGUCCGCUUUUACGACUCCUGGGAGGGACCCUCCAAAGGCAGGAAGUGCAUUGUUCUGGUCACUGAACUCAUGACUUCUGGCACACUCAAAACAUAUCUGAAACGGUUCAAGGUGAUGAAAAUUAAAGUGCUGCGAAGCUGGUGUAGACAAAUCCUCAAAGGGCUCCACUUCCUCCACACACGGGCUCCCCCCAUCAUCCACAGGGACCUCAAAUGCGACAAUAUUUUCAUCACAGGCCCAACAGGAUCCGUCAAGAUUGGAGACUUGGGACUGGCUACCCUCAAGCGGGCAUCAUUCGCCAAGAGUGUCAUAGGUACCCCUGAGUUCAUGGCGCCUGAGAUGUAUGAGGAGAAGUACGACGAGUCAGUGGAUGUGUAUGCCUUUGGAAUGUGCAUGCUGGAGAUGGCCACCUCAGAGUACCCUUACUCAGAGUGCCAGAAUGCUGCACAGAUCUACCGCAGAGUCACCAGCGGGGUGAAGCCAGGCAGCUUCGACAAGGUGGCCAUUCCUGAGGUGAAGGAGAUCAUCGAGGGAUGUAUCCGCCAGAACAAGGACGAGAGGUACUCGAUCAAAGACCUCCUGAACCAUGCCUUCUUCCAGGAGGACACAGGGGUGCGGGUGGAGUUGGCAGAAGAAGACGAUGGAGAGAUGGUGGCUAUUAAGCUGUGGCUGAGAAUUGAGGAUGUCAAGAAACUUAAGGGGAAGUACAAAGACAACGAAGCUAUUGAGUUUUCGUUUGACCUCAACAAAGAUGUCCCUGAGGACGUGGCUCAAGAAAUGGUUGAAUCUGGUUAUGUGUGUGAUGGCGACCACAAGACCAUUGCAAAGGCCAUAAAGGACAGGGUGUCUUUGAUCAGUCGCAAAAGAGCACAGCGGCAGCAGGUUCGAGAAGAUCAGGAGAAGAGAAGGCUGGAAGAAGAACAACAACAACAGAGUCAGUUACCUCCAGCACAGCCAGCAGCCCAACAGCCGGGCCCGGAGGUGCCUCAGUCCCAGCCAGCGACACAGCCCGCCACUUAUGUCCCUCCACAACCGAGCCAACACAGCAUGCACAUGUCAGCCCAACCUGCAUCUCAGCAGAGCCUUCAGGGCUCCAUCUAUAACACUCCUCAAUCAACCCAACUGGCCGGUAUGGCACAGGGCAUUCCGUACAUCCCUCAGUCAACUGGGAAUGUCCCAGUAGCAGUCCCAGUACAGGCUCAGAGUGUGACCACCAUCCUGCCGGAGUCAGAGGAGUCUGAGACGGACCAGCAACUACAGCACUCCGGAGGAGCCGCCGUUCUCAUGGGAGACAAACUACCAGGUUCCAACAUCCGUCCUGAGGUCCAGCCUCCACAGCCUGGAAUAUCCUACAUGUCCUCCCCUCCUAGUCAGCACCUUCAGCCCCAGGCCUCUCUCCCACAGACACAAAGUGACCAAAUGCAACAGCAGCAGUUGUCAGCGGUUCCGCCGCAGCUGCAAGGUGUCCAGUCUAAUGUUGGUCCUGCUGCACCCAGCGGCCAGCCUGUUCCAGGGACCACUGCACAGUAUGGAGUUUACUACCAACCAACGCUUCCCCCUCAGAAUCCCAACCAGCAAGUGAUGCUGCCUUCAUCCUCACAAGCGUCUCCUGCUCAGCCGCCGCAACAACCAGACAGCGGCAGCCUUCUCCAGAGCGCCGCUCUACCGCAGGCUGGAGCUCUGCAGAUACAGUCUUGGGCCAAUGACCCAAGCCCUCCUAUUCUCUCUCCUCCACUCAACGCAGAGCACCUAUACUUCCUCUAUCAGGCCUCAUGCCUCUCGGUGCUGCAGGCCUCGGUGAGCGUUCCUCAGUCUGCACCAGCCGAGCCGCCGAGAUCGUCUGUGCUGGUGCCUCCGUCUGUAGAGAGCUGCCUGUCGGAUGCUGCCUCAGGUCUCAGUGACGGCAAUGACGGAGGCUCCACAUCGGGGGGUCGCCACGAGGGACGCUCCAUGAAACGUCACCAGCGGAGAUCCGUACGCAGCCGCUCCCGCCACGAGAAGUUCGCUAAGGCCAAACUCAAUGUUCUCAGCAUCUCUAAUGUGGGAGAUCGAGUAGCAGAAUGCCAGCUGGAGACGCAUAACAGGAAGAUGGUGACCUUCAAAUUUGACCUUGAUGGUGAUAAUCCAGAGGAGAUUGCACAGAUUAUGGUGGAGAGUGAAUUUAUCUUGGAGAGUGAACGGGAGUCCUUCAUCGAGCAGGUCCGUGAGGUCAUAGAAAUGGCCGAUGAGAAAGGACAAGGCAUGAAGGAAGGUUUUCCUCAGAUGAGUGACCACCAACAACAGCCUCAGCUGUCUGUCCCCAUGCUGCCAGGCAUUUCUCCCAGCACUACGGCGCAGGUGGUGCAUUCAGCAGGCCGAAGGUUCAUCGUCAGCCCAGUACCGGAGUCUCGUCUUCGAGAGCAGUUCUUUGGUGGCUCUUCUGCUAAUACCUCCUUUGGAGAUGAGCCAGGUCCUUCUACGCCACUGGGCCUUUCACUGUCUGCUCCAUCUGGAGUUCUCCAGCAGGCUUUCAGUAGAAUGAAGCAGGCGCGUGUGGAGAGAAGCAGCACCAUCGACCCUCUUCCUGCUGAGCAAGAGUGCAUCGAAGCUGGACUCGCCCCAAACACGAACAAUGUCAUGGCUCCUCCAGAAGCUGCAGCUUCCACUGCUAGCAUUACCUUUCCUGGUGGCACAUCUACUGCAACAUCCUCACCGCCUCUGUCAACUGGGAGGGUUUCCCCACCACCUACAUCUAUCCAGUCCCUAACUCCAGCCCCUGUCCCCAGUGAUCCCAGUCCACCGCCCCAGUCGGCCCACGAAUCGGCCCCUUCACAGCUUCCCCCGCCACCCACAGCUUCCACCAUUCCUUCCCCAUCAGUGCAGACCUCCGUCCCCGCGGCCCCCGGGCCUCAUCCGAGUAGUGGUUCUGUCUCCUCUGUUGUCAGUAUUGCGUCCAGUAGCACCGUCCCUGCUUCAGAGCAGCAGCCUGUGAAUCCAUCCAUCCAUUCAGCACAGCACACAACCCAGUCACCGCCUGUUCCCAUUACCCCUCUGACCAGCCAGGGUCAGGUGCAGGGUCAGGGCCAGGUGCAGGGUCAGGUGCAGGGUCAGGUGCAGGGUCAGGGUCAGGGUCAGGGUCAGGGUCAGGUGCAGCCACAGGUGGCGGCGGAGUCGGAGGGAGCGGAGCUCCCAAACAAGACAGCCGGCAGAGACGCUAUCCAGGCUCUGGAUAAGAAGCUACGGUCCCUCUUUAAAGAUCAGAGCUCUACGUCUGCCCCAGUGGAUCAGAACACAGGCACGUCCUCUCCUCCCGCCGGAACCUCUUCUCCUCCACCCGGCGUUGCCCUGGUGCCCCCAUCUAACCUCGCCCUCAGUACGGGGGCGCCGGCUGUCAUGGGGCUCACAACCACCCCAGGACAGGGUAUUAACCCGUCAGAACAGACGCCUCCGUUCAAACCCAGGGCGCAGACCUUACCUACUGGUUUGGACCAAGCUUCUACCCCUCCCUCUGAACUUGUGCCCCCAUUUCCUGGACCAAAUCAGAAGCUGCCUUUGGACACCCAGAGGAGAGCUCUGAGCCCAGAGACGGUCAAGGGAGGUCGUCUAAUGCAGCCUCCAGCCGCAGGUUUCACUCUGGGACGUUUCCAAGUGUCUGUUGCUACUGAUGUUGUGUCCAGCUGUGUUCAAGAUCCCUCGAGCAUUGUUUCCUCCGCUUCCCUCACGCCGUCUUCUACCUCCUCCUCUUCAUCGUCCUCCUCUUCCUCCUCCCCUUCAAGUCCAGAAAAUACCCUCCACCGGUCAUCCCCUCUGUCCAAAGUAGUCUCUGAGACUGACUCUGGGAAUGGAUUCUUUCCCAUCUCCGCUGCGCCUGCUGCUCAGCCGACCACUAUUGGGCGCUUCCAAGUGUCCACGAGCACCAACGUGACCUCUGGGUCGACCCCUGGCUCUAAAGUGGGACGCUUUUCCGUCACAGUGACCUCAGCUCCAGCAGCAGGCUCCAGUCCAACACAUGGGUCCAGUAUGCAGAACGGACCCUCGUCCUUGACCUCCGAUCCUCAAAAUGCACACACCAUUUACAGUAGUGACACUAACAACGACGACUCUGAGCCCGAGGGCGGGGCUUUGCAGAAAGAAAUUAGCCGUCUUAGAGAAAAGCAUAUGACAGAGAUCCAGAUAUUGCAGACUCGUCAGAAAGAGGAGAUCGACGCCCUGUUCACGAUGAUGGGAAAACCUCCCCCUACUACUGUCUUCUCUCCAGCUGUGGUGAUGGGGGGAGGUCGACGAAGGCUAAAAAGCAGAAGCAAAUCUACUCGCUGUAGUGGCCAACCCAGUCCCAAACACUCGGGAUCCCCGGCCUCAGCUCAGAAUCUUCAUGGUCGAGCAUCUCCUCCAAAGCAAAACUCCCCCUCAUCAACAGAGGCCUCAGAAACCGCAGCAGAGGCGUCUCAAACCGUAAACAGGUCGUCCGUAAAGCAGCUCAGAUCCUCCCCAUCCAUGCCCAGCCUCAGUGGUUUGUCCACAGGAUCAAGUGGGACCAGCUCUGCAAAUGGUUCAGGCCACUGCCAGAACCACUCUACUUCUUUGACCGCAGCAACUGGACCCGCUCCUCCGUCCUCUCACACACAGAAGGGCAAGGGCACCUUCACUGAUGACCUGCACCUACUGGUGGAUAACUGGGCCAGGGAUGCCAUGAGCCUCUCCCAGGGCAAGAGAGGACCUAAAACUGGAGCACCAUUGCCACUGGGCCAUGAUGUCAUCCCUCCAGCCAACGGGGGCCGAAAGUUCUCAGCUCCCGGCUUCCUCUGCACAACACUCCCCGCGUCUUCUAGCACCACGUCCACGACGUCGACCCAUCUCCCCAACCCAACCAAUCCCUCGGUCCCUUUGGGGACCCGUAAAGGCUCCCUGGGUCCAGUUGCACCGGGGUUUGCGUUUCCCUCGGCCCCAUACAGCGCUCCUCAGUGGGCGGGACCCACAGGCACGUGCCAGGUCAGCAUGCUCAACUCCGCACAGUCACUAACGCAGUACCAGCCACCUACAACAGCGUCAGGCUACCACGUGGGAACCACAGCAGCCCCCCAGAGUUCAGUCUGCCACGGAGGGUCCAACCUGAAGCCCACGUAGCCCAGUUGUAGCCCUCGUCCCCUCAGACGGAGGACCAAACAGGGCAGACAGUUGAAGAAGAAACCACUAGCUCGCCUUGCAGUCGGCUGGUAAACUGGCUGCAUGUUGUGUGGCUUUUUUAUUUUAAUUUCAAUUUUUAUUGUGUUUUUUUUUCUUUCCUGUAAUAGAGUUGUGUGGUUCACAUGCUCUCAGACAAGAGACAGCUGUGGUGAUGGGGGGAGGUCGACCAAGGCAGAACAGAAUCUGUCCGGCAAUUUGAGGCAGUGUGCAAUACACAUCCACAGCACAAAAGUCUCAGACUCACCGGCUGGUCGUGUCCGGUGACGUGAUGACCCGAAGGCGUGACCAACGGCAGCCAAAGAGGUUGCAAUGUCGUCAUUCCUUUUGAAGAGAAGGUAGGGUGGAUUCUGGUUCCCAUCCUUACUAUUAAGACUUUAAGCCCUACUGGGACCCAAGACGGUUAAACUAAAAAACACACACACACACCUGGACAAACAUUAGGCAGAUUUGGGAUGUUGGUAAAGUAAUCUCAGAGAGAGUGACGGGGUGGGAGAGACGUGAACAGAAAGUAGGAAGUGAGUGCACCGUGGGUGUCCUAGACGCACUAGCAAAGUAUAACUGGUUGAGUUUAAGAAGACAAAGUAAGUUAGGACGGAGUGGAAUGGAUAGGUCUGCAGCAUGAAUACAUCCCAUCGCUACCUAUUGAGUAAAAUGCAAUAAUGGCAAAGAGUAGAAAAACUGUCCCUUGUAACUGUGGCCUUAAUCCCCAAACACAUUUAAACAUUGACUUUGUACAUAGAUAUUUCUUCACUGGGUUAUGAUUCCAUGUUUUGUGUAUUUAUGUCCCUGUGAGUCUGGUGACAUCGUAGUUUGAGUUGUGCAUCCAUACAGGUUUAUUCUUCACGUCUGGCAUGUAAACACGCAUUGUCCUGGUGUUGACCACCAUUCAGUGUGCAAUUGGAGAGGUGAUGCUGCUGAAAUCCCAUCCUGUUUUGAGGGUUGUUUUUACUUUAUUUUAUUUGUCUUUUUGUCUUGUUUCUCACAAGAAUGCAAUGAGAAACCCAAAUUGAGCCAUGAAAUAACUUAUCCAGAAUCUGCUUCUCUCCCAUAGAACAAUUGUUCUGGUUUAUCACUAUAGUAUUUAUGGAGGGUUUCGGUUCCUUGCACCUCCCGGUUGUUUACAGAGGUCACACAGCUGGUAGUGAAGUCGGGUCACAUGACAUCGCUCUGCCCAUGACAUCUAGCCGUCACCUCUCAAAUCACAAGUGUUUGGGGUGCUUUCUUUCUGUGGUCUGUUUUUGUAUGCGUAUAUUUAAUAAAAACAAAUGUUUCUUUAUGGACCUGUA